GAGCUUCGCUGAAGGUGCUCGUGCUGCAUCUGUUUAAAAAUGGGGUCAAAUAUCCCACACGUGCUAAUGUUGUCCCUUGUCUGGAUCUCACUGCUUGCAGUAGGUGAAGCAAAUAGUACACCAUGCACAAUCGAGAUCCCUCAAUAUAUGCUGACCGGGCUAAUGAAAACGGAACCAACCGCUACAGGCUGUGAGGGAGCAUGGAGUGGACUCCAAACGCACCUUCAGAAAGCCCACCAGAACCUCACCGAAUGCCACCAGCGUGCGGAGUCUUUCGAAGACGUUGAUACACCACAGACAACCUGCCAACAAUUGUCUGACGAAUUGGACAAACGAAUGGAGCAGACGCGCGUGAAGCUUAGCGCCGACAUGAAGCGUAAACUACAGUACGAGCAAAUCGAAGUCGCCAAGAUGAGGAACGAAAUGGUUAAGCUAAAAAACCAGCUGAAGUCCGUCCAGCUUGAAUUUAAAAAUUAUUACCACCGGCUGCUACUACUCUACGUCGACUCUGCCGAUGUACGGAGCGCAAUGUAUUAUUAUCACCUCUUGGUAUCGCUGAAAGAACCAAACCUGCUCAAAACUGUAGUAAAGUUCGUCUACAUCUCCAAGAGACACGAAAACCGCCGGCUAGAGAACUUGCUUGCACUGGCGAAGCAUCUUCCAACCGCCUCAGAACAGAUGGACCUCUACAGAUUAAUUCAACCAGAGAUCGUAAACCGCGUCACUCAGCAAGUCAGCUACCUCGCCAUGAUAGCAUCGCUCGAUAUGGACAAGUUUGUGAAAGAGAAGGAAGAGUCCGAAUUCAAAAAGUUGCGAGACGCCAUGUUUAAGAUCGUUUUGGCGCGAUGGAAAUACCAAAUGCUGGGUGGAAACUACCGAGACGUUGUAACGUUCGCUAAAAACUAUCCUCAAUAUUUCGAGAAGAUAGGCGUGCGGAUGGCAACGGUCGCACCGCAAUAUUGGUUCCAGUUCAGCUACAGCCAGUUCGUGACGUACCCAAAUCUGUUAACGCUUCCCAAGCACAGGCUGGUAGCAUUCCAGACUAUAAGACGACAAGUGAAGGAACGCAACAAGAGCCACUUCUCCUACUACCUUGCGAAGCUAGCCAAGCAGGUGGAGAUAUGUGAGAAGUACAUCAAGCAAAACUACAACGAGCUGGACUACAAGGAGGAGCUGGUCACGCUGAAGAUGAAGUUUCGGGAAUUUGACAACAAAAAUGGCUAUGAGUACUAUCUGAAGAAUGCAGAUAAGCUAACCAAGACGAAACCGCCCGUGCCGGCUAAACCCGGCAAACCCAGAAACAGGGGUGGUUUAAAUGGACGCCGUUAACCACAUUGCGAAUAAGAGUCCCUUCCAAUAAAUGUUGUCGAUGUCGUACAAGUUGCUCACUUUCUUCAAUAAAAAGCUGUCUCUA